UAAGACGCCUACUGGACGCGAAUAUGUUGAAUGUGUUCGACAAGCCUUUUGCGGAUCCUGUCCAGCUCCCGCUGGCAGGCAGCAUUCGAUCUUCGGUGAUCAUACUCACGGUUUACCUGCUGUUCGUGCUGAAACUAGGCAGGAUUCUGAUGGAAAAACAUAAUCCUCUGCAGCUACGCGGUGUCCUGAAGGUCUACAACAUCGGACAAGUCCUGUUUAACACGGUGAUUUUUGUGUGGGGAUGUUACCAUAUUUUCGUGUCUAGGCCUUACAACCUGAGCUGCAUGAAUGUGCUGCCACAGGACCACGAGCUGAAGUCCACGGAGAGGACCCUGUCCUAUCUAUACCACCUAAACAAGGUGCUUGACCUGAUGGACACCAUCUUCUUUGUGCUGCGCAAGAAAUCAAGACAGAUUACAUUCCUGCACGUGUUUCACCACGCGUUCAUGGUGUUUACAUCACACUUGUUGAUCCGGUUCUACGGUUUCGGCGGCCACGUCUUGCUAAACUGCAUGUUCAACGUCCUGGUGCACAUGGUGAUGUACGGCUACUACUACGCCUCCUCGCAGAGCAGGAAUGUGCAGGAGAGCCUCUGGUGGAAGAAGUACAUCACCUUGGGCCAGCUGGUGCAGUUCCUCAUGAUGUUCCUCCACUGCGCCUACACCUAUAUCCAGCCCAACUGCUCGGCCUCGCGGGGCGUCAUCUACGUCAUAAGUACGGCGAGCGCCUUCAUGUUUGUGAUGUUCUCCCAGUUUUACAUUAAGACCUACAUUCAACCGAAGGUGGUAAAGUCCAACUGAUUGCUUUUGCGCCACUGUGCUGAAAUAAAAUACCUAGUAAUUUAAAUUUGCGACACAAUCAAUUUGAAGCCUAAAAAUCUCUUACUUAAAACAUGGAUGCUAAAU